UGAGUUUCGUAGGCCUCGGGCGAGUGCGUGGACUGGGCACGAACCAAGGCAUGAAGGUGGCAGACUCUUGUUGAGACUUGCAGAAACAUCUUCAGCAUCCUUCGCGUCUGAUCAUGUAUCGUUGACAAGCUCAAGGCCAUCCUGCCUGUUUCAAGACCAUAGCGAGGCAGCACCACAUCCGGAGCGGCCAUGUCCACCCCAUCCUCAUCGCGUCUCUCGGCUUCUGGGGUCAAAAGCUUCCUACCAUUGUCGGAGGAAUCGGCUCUCUCGACCAGAGGUCAACACCUCCCGCAACUGAUACGCGAACGCUCAUCGCCCAAUGCGACUGGUCUGACAGGACGACGCCGCCGCUCGUCGCUGGACGGUAGCUUUGCUCCAGGCACUUCAUUCGAAGACACGGCUGCCGCCAGCGACAAUGAACCUGCGACACCCCAGCAAGCUCGUCACAGAGUUGCGGCCGCCGACGAUGCUUCUCGCCGCCUCAGCUCAGGAGCUGCCGCUCUCAUGACUCCUCAAAUGCGCAGUAUGCGCUUGAUCGGAAACAGCAACCCGCGUUAUCGUUGGGAGAAAUACUUUACAUCGGACGAGGAUCUCAAGAAGAUGAAGAAGCCUAUUCGCGCAUACUACGAGCGGAACAAUUUCUUGAUUCAGCAGUAUCUGUAUAUCGACAGACUGCUGGAUUCGAGUCUGCCGCAUGACUUGAUUCAAGAGUAUCAGUACAAUGUGCACAGCAGUUCUGGGGCUGCUACAGUGCCGCCAACAAUCACAGAGGAGAAUGGCGGUCUUAGUGGUGGCCCUUCUGCUGGCGCGUCUCCAGCUAUCACACCUAUGGAUGGCAAUGGUACUGCCUCGGCAAAUCAGAGUUAUAGACUCAAGAGAACACCCAAGGCUUUGUACCGCGUUGCUGAUGAGGAGACACCGUUAUUGGCUGAGGACGACAGCAACUCGCUUUUCAACGCCGGUAUACCUGCUUUUGAGCCGGAAGACGAACCUGAUAGCGAGAGCCGCGUUGUCAGCAUAGCCAUUUACAUGAAUCUGAUCGCAAAUACCGUUCUUCUUGGCCUGAAGAUCGUUGUUACGGUCCUCACAUCCUCGGUUUCCGUUCUGGCUUCCUUGGUCGAUGCAGCUCUGGACUUCCUCUCGACAGCAAUUGUAUGGACUACCACGCGACUGAUCAGCCACAAUGAUUCGUAUGCCUAUCCCGUGGGCCGUAGACGUCUAGAGCCCAUCGGUGUCCUGGUCUUCUCCGUCAUCAUGGUCACUUCUUUCGUUCAAGUCGCCAUCGAGGGUCUGAACCAUCUCACCUCCAAGGACCACACCAUCGUCCAACUCAGUUACGCAGCCACUGCCAUCAUGUCCGCCACCGUCAUCAUUAAAUUCGGCUGCUGGCUGUGGUGCAGAUUAAUCCCCAACAGCAGUGUCCAAGCUCUGGCUCAAGAUGCCAUGACCGAUGUCGUCUUCAACAUCUUCUCCAUCAUCUUCCCUCUCGUCGGCUACUACGCAGGGAUCUGGUGGCUCGACCCCCUCGGCGGUAUCCUCCUCUCCUUCUACGUCAUCCUCGGCUGGUCAUCCACCUCCCUCUCCCAUAUCCGCAACCUUACCGGUGCAGCAGCUUCUGCAGACGAGCGCAAUGUUCUUCUCUACCUCACCAUGCGUUUCGCCAAGACGAUUAAACAAAUCCAAGGUCUUCAAGCCUAUCAUUCUGGCGAUAAACUGAAUGUAGAGGUUGACAUCGUGUUGGACGAACACAUGUCAUUGAGGGACAGUCAUGAUUUGGGAGAGAGUCUGCAGUAUGUCUUGGAGUCUGUGCCUACCGUCGAUCGUGCAUUUGUGCAUCAAGAUUACGCUAGUUGGAAUUUACCUUCGCAUAUGAGUCAGCAGGAUUAGAUGUGGAAGAGGAAGUAGACGGAAGAAAGUGGUGGCAUGGAGCAAGAAUGGAGGGGGGAGUGGUUUGGAGAAGUGUAAGACAUGGUUGUGUGUAGAUACUCUGUGGCUUUUUUGCUGGUGUAUAUAUAUUCUUACUUGUGUGUUUCGCUCUCUGCUUAUUUGCUCGUCGAAGUUUAGAAUUCAUUUUCACCUUUGCUCGAUAUUUGUAUAUGUAUAUAUCAAGUUUUCAUUGCUCUUCAGUCCAACUCGUCUCCAUCACCGCUUUCGUCUGUCUUGUUUUUGCCUAUGCUAAUGUAAAACUGUCUUCUAUCAUUGUCUAUAGAUUACCUCGGGUUUCUGAUAAAGGAUCAUUAAAAUCCCCAGAUCAGAUGCGGUCAUCUCAAGAGAUGAGUUUGUUCAAAAAUAGAGAAGUGAUCGCAUGACUCGAUCUCAAGAGGAGACUG